AAAGUUCGAGUAAGUUUUUAAAGUUUUAAUUGAGUUCAGGUCGUAUUUGGCACUAACCAUUAGUUUAGUUCGGGUUGUAUUUGGCACGAUGCAAAUUAAAAUUGUUCAGGUUGGAAUAUGCACUUUUCGCAUCAACCAUUACUAGUGAUGCAAUUAGCUAUUAAUCGAAAUCGUGAGAGAACAAUUAAAAUGGAGUCAUCGUCACCGUCGUCGUUGAUACCCGGUUUGCCGGACGACGUAGCGGAGCUCUGCCUCUCGCGAAUCCCGCGCUGCGACUUUCGGACCGCCUCUCGGGUCUGCCGGAAAUGGAGGACGUUCCUCAGGAGCGAGCGUUUCUCAGCCGUUCGAAAGCUGACCGGACCGGUGGAGGAGUUCACGUGCGUCCUGAUGGAAGGCCGGUUCGUAAGAGACCGCCGGUUCGUGAAUUACUUGUACGGGGAAGUUUUCGACGCCUCGGGAAACAAUGUGGGACAGAUCCCUCGCGUCCCUGGGCCUUUCAGGAGCCGUUUCGGCGUCGCGGUGCUCGGUGGCGGCGGCGGUAAGAUCGUGAUCAUCGGUGGAUAUGUGGAGGUUGAAGGAUCUCCGAUCGAUGGGAACACCAUCUAUGCUUCGGCGGAUGUUUACGAGUUUGAUCCUGCUACUAACAGCUGGAGAAAUCUAGCGCCCAUGAAAGUACCACGUCACAGCUUUGCGUUUGCUGUAGUGGACGGCCUUUUGUAUGUGAUCCGAGGCCGUUCCUCGGAUGGUAAAAACCUUCUCAGCUCGGAAGUAUACAACCCUGAGACUAACCAGUGGAGCCUCGUGGAUUGUCCUGACCGCCCCGACUUUCGACGUGCCUUCGCGUUCUCCUUCAAGUCCAAACUCUUCGUAGUAGGCGCUAAACCGAGGUUCAUCGAUAUAUAUGACCCCAAAACGGAUACAUGGGAAGAGUUAAGAUCGGGACGAUCUAAAUUGCUGUCGGUCUACUCCUACACUGUUAUUAGGAACAAAGUGUAUUUCUUUGACCAUUACCAGCCGGGACUGGGAGUGAUUGAUCCAGAGAAAAAUUCUUGGAGCUCGGUGUCUGUGCCUAUGGCACCGGGUGCUUACUGGUUCAGACUAGGGGAAUGGAACAAUAAGGUUAUGCUGAUUGCACGGGUCGGGGGAUGUAAUGCCUUAACUGGUGACCUUGAUGAUAAAGCGAACGCGUCCAAGUGGACAGUAGUCACGCAAAUUAAACCAUCUGGUUCUAACGCGACCAUCGUUCUCCUCAACUUCUGAUUUCCCCAUUUGGCUUCUUUCCUUGUGCAAAAUACUUCAGUUUUCGACAAUCUGUUUCAAAGCCUUGACAUCUUUUUUUUUUAAUCAACAAAGCCUUGACAUCAUAAGUAGUUAAAUACAUUUUAUUUGCUCA